AGCAGGAAGUGCAGCGAGAAAACAAACCGAUGAGAGAUUUUAAACACUCAGAAACUCACUAUGCACGGUUUGUGUCACGGAACACGCAGUUUAAUAAAGCUGUGGACAAUCUGCUUGUCUCUCUUCAUUCACCAUGUGUCCGCCGGGAAAAUGAAGAUAGUCGAGGAGCCAAACACAUUUGGCUUGAACAAUCACUUUCUGGCCCAAGGAAGCAGACUUCAACCCAAAGCGACCCCUUCUCCAGUGUCUGGCCCAGUGCAUUUGCAUGGGCUCGCUGGAAAGUGCUUCACUCUCCAAGAGACGAGGUAUAAAUAUGAAUUCUGUCCAUUUCACAACAUCACCCAGCACGAGCAGACCUUCAGGUGGAAUGCCUACAGUGGGAUACUGGGGAUCUGGAACGAGUGGGAAAUGGCAAACAACAAUUUUACAGCAAUGUGGAUGAGAGACGGGGACACUUGUGGGGCCAGAAACAGAGAAACUCAGGUGGUUUUCGUCUGCAGUGCAAGUAACAAGCUUGUUGAAGUCUCAGAGCCGAGUACUUGUGAGUACUUGCUGACCUUUGAGACACCGCUUGUUUGCCAUCCACAUUCUCUUUUAGUGUAUCCAACACUGACUGAGAAACUGCAGGGGGAGUGGGAUGAAAUUGAGCAGGCUCGAUAUGAAGGUCUCAUUACUGAGCAGGGUUAUGACAAUCAGUUGAGGGACAUUUUUGAAGAUGCUGGUCUCCUGAAGAGCCACAAAGUGAAGGUCAAGCUGCCAGAGGCUGCAGCCAAUUCCGACACACUCAACCCCUUACAGAAAUGCAAUGAGGACCUGGAAAAACAGAGAGAAGAGAUGGAGAGACUGCGUGCUCUCCUCACUCUACACAACAUUCCCUUUGAUUCUGAGCCAAAUGAAGCAAACGGUACAGUGAGUGUGACAGUUAAGGAUCAACAACUAAGAGGAGACCACGGCCCCAUGGAUCUGAUGUAAAAUCAUCACCUGGAGCAAAUCGUGGCUUUGUGGCUUUUACAAGCACCCGGCUGGAUUUUAUUGAGCGGCAGAGACACUAUGGCUAUUGCUGUCACUGGUGGGCGCACUAAAAACUCUGAAAAGAAACAAACUCACUAACUUGGUGGAAAAGUGUGAAAUGGGUCAGGGAAGAACCCAUUACAUUUUUGUGUGGAUCCGGAUUAGAGUCAGAUCUUGGAUUAUUUUUCCUUGACGCUGUGAGACAGGACGUUUUCUAACAUUCCCACUAUUUCCCAGGGGAUAAUGCAAGGAUCUUUAGGGAGCUGGUUUGUGUGUAAUCUGGUGAAGCUGGAUUGAGUUUGAGCAGACUGUUGGUCUUUGGAAGCGACAAGCGCUGCACUUCUAAUUUAUAUAUGUGACUGAAUAAAGUGGGAGAGAAGCAUUUAAAUGUCAAUCGUACUGUAUUUGGGGGUAAUGUUAUACAUUUAUAAAAGGUUUUACAACAUUGGCAAAAAUAACAAACCUCAAAUGCACAAACUUUGAACCGGAACUAAAGGUACAGAUUUGUAGUUACAGGAGAUUUGUCAAAACAUAAAAUGCUCAUUAUGUUUAUACCAAGUGUGUGUAAGAAGUUACUCUCAUCAGUGGCUCCACUGACUGAGCGUCGCAGCAUGCAAAAACAUGUCUUGGCUACAAACAUUCCUGCGACAAUACUUUUUGUUUCCUCCUCUAGGGUUUACACCUGUACACACUCCUGAAACUGGACAUUAUCUUCCGAAUUCUUAAAUCUGGGGUAGAAAAAAAAUAUACUUUUGUCCCCCAGGGUAUAAUUGGACUUUCAGUACUUAACUGAACUUAUGGGAUUUCUUAUUUCCAAAUAUAAACGAUUGACGUGAUUAAAUCAAAACCUUCCCCUUAAGGACAAUUACAAACUUAUACAUAUAAAACAACAAUCCAAGGCAAUCAUCAGUCCACAGAUCAACAGACUUGAGUCUUAUCUCUGUUUAAUAUUAGUAGUCCAGGUCAGGUGAGCAGCUGGAUGGCUUCUCUGGCUCUGUGCGCCCUCUGCUGGACAGCCUCGUCCUCUGGCGCUUGUCCCGACUCCUCGACCAGGGCUAAGGCCUUCUUCACGGUCAUGUCCUUUGAUCCUCCACGGAGCCCCUCCAGGUACUGAAGCAGCACGGAGAAAUUCUCAUCUGGAAUCUGGGGACGAGUGUUUACAAGGGAGUGUGUCAUUUUUCUCUUUUCUGUCCAGUAAUGUACAUAUCUGAGAGUAGUAGUAAUGUAUUUUGUAAUUACAUGAUCAAGUCAUUUUUAAAGAGCCCUUAGAGCGGGUAUCUCUCUGUACCUUUUCACAAUGUAUUUCACAAAAUACAAAUAAAAAAGGUGUUCAAA